AUGAGUAAUUGUGGAACUGGGGAUAGAAAGAAUGCCCUUAAAGCUAUCCAAGACAAAAAAUACGAGACCGCAUCUGAUGACAUGUACUCAUUACAUCGUAAGAUAGAGAGAAUGGAAUCACAAUUUCUGACGACCCCAAAACAAAUCUGUCUUAUCGAUCUUGAAACUGUGCCAGACCCACGAUGGAUAACAGUUGUAUGUGGAAAUCAGAUAAAUUUACUAAAAGCGUUUACAUUAUGUUGGAAAUCAUUUCAGCCUGAUAUCCAGCUCAGGUUCAAUGAUUCUACCUAUGAUUGGCCUUUUAUUAUCGAAAGAGCAGAUGUGAAAACAGUUGGCAGGAAGCUUUAA